AUGGCAGCGUCCGCUGCGUCGAAGUGGCAAUGGAGCUCUGUUCGUGACACGACAGCGUGGCAGCAGCAACAACGUCGUGUACAGUUUAACGUCGCCAUGGGGGACUCACCAGUCGAGAGUGAGUCGCAGCAUCAUCGCUCAUGCUGCCUGGCCGCCAGUCAACAAGAUCGUCGGAAAAUUACACUUUACGAGCCGACAAAGCGGUUGGACAGUUUUGUCGACUCGCUUGACGCGUCACGAGAAAUGGAGCUGCGAAGUUAA